GCUACUCUCGUUUGGCCAUGCCGUCGAGCACGCGGUCAUUGCCUUCGUCGAGUUUGACAUCCAGGUAUAUACAGACACAAAUGUAGCUAGCCUCUGCUUGAAUUUCCUAUCAUUAGUUCGCAUUUGAUACACUACUAGCUUGUUUAAGCUUGGACUCUCCUCGUACGCUCGUCUCUGCUUCAUUCGGCUGUACUCUGCUGCGAUCCAUUGUGAUGGAUCUUGUUUGGUCGAUGGGUGACGCUGGUUCAGAUUGUUUCGGCUUGCCUGCGUCGAACCGUGUGUCUUUCUGUCCUUCACAUUCAGGUUGUACGAUCUCACCCGUUGCUGCGGCUCCAUUCUGCUCAUUGCUUCGUCUCCAUUUUCCUCAUCAAGGAGGAACAGGUAGCGAGAGAAGAGCUCCCCCCCUCGGCGGCGUCCACUCCGGAGCCGUCGCCCACCAAAUCACGCCGGCGGCCGCUCCGGCGCCGGCGUCCACCUUCUCCUCUCCGGUGCGCAUGGCCUCUGGGUCGCGCAGCCCCCCGUCGGUGUCCUCGGCAAUGCUUCGGGAGUGUCCGGUUGUGUCGGGCUUGGGUCUCUCAGGAUCUCCGGGCUCGGCGAGCGCGUCUUCCGCGGCUGGUGGCCGGGGGCCGGGGGACAUGCCGGCUCAAUUGGAGGGCUGGCGUCGGCCGGGCCCUUCGCGUAAAGCCAUGUGGCGCAGGCGCCGUGCUCUCCGGCAGCAGCAGGCGGGUGGUGCCCCGCCAAGGUCGUCGUCCCCGUCCUCGUUCGAGUUGUGCCAGAUUCCGCCGGAUCUGCACGGGCUGUGCUUCCGGUGUUUUGAGGAAGGACAUCGGCGACAAGAUUGCAUCAACGAGCCGCUCUGCAUCAGAUGUGGUCGGGCGGGCCAUGUCUCGUCUCAGUGCGCGGUGCCGCGGAGUCCUAUUUCUGCGGCGGAGCUUCGCCGGGCGGUGAUUGACAGGGUUGCCAGACGGGAGGUGGUGCCUCGACAGGCGCCGGCCAUUAGGAGGAGGUUGUCGGAGCCUAGGCAGAGCACGCCGUCGGUGUCGCUCUCGCCAGUUGCGCCCAACCCCUUCCCUGGUUGGCCGGCGUCGCGCCUCCGUCUGCCCCAUCGGAGAUUUGCAGUCUGCAGAGGUCUGGGGACAUGGAUGAUCUGGAACGCCGUCUGCAGCUUGCCGUGGUGAUGUACGUCGGAGGGGCCAGACCGCUGGUGACCUGUGAGGAUGCGGCUGUUGCGAUCUCGGCGCAGCUCGGCAUCCCAAGGUUUCGUUUUUCGAUUCACAAGUUUCACCCGGAAGAUUUCUUGGUGGUUUUCGCUGCUCAUCAGUUCAGGAACAUGGCGCUGGCGGUGCCUUCGAUCGAGCACAGAGUUGUGAAGCUAUUCAUCAAGCCAUGGUUGAGGCAAGCGCAGGCAACGUCAAGGCUAAUGAGAGUCCAGGUGGACAUCAUGAUUGAGGGCAUGCCGUCGCAUGUCUGGUCGCAGGCCACGGCAGCAGAGAUUUUGGGCAGUGGUUGCUUGAUUGAGAGCUUGGCGCCGGAGACGGCCAGCAAGGAGGAUCUUUUGUUAUUCAAACUACGGGCUUGGUGCGUAGACCCUGACGACGUCCCGGUGUUCCGCAGAAUUUGGGUUCCGGAGCCGGACGAAGAUUUGGCGAGCACGGCGGCGAGACGGCCAUCCUUUCGCCAGUUGUUGGAGUACCCUGCGUACGUGCACAUAGGGCGGAUGCGUGACUGCACGCCGCCGGAGCUCUGGAGGAGGGGGUCCUGCUCGGAUGACGCUAGCGGACAGAGUGGCCUCCCGGACAGCUCCAAUGGCUCGUUCCAUGGCGGAGAAUGGGUGGUGCAGCCUUGGUCCCGCGGCGUCCGUGACAACAGGGGGCCGGCGAGCGGCGGAGCCGGUGGGGGUGCAGGACGAUCCUACCGGGCGGUUCUGGAAGGCAGAGUGGGUCCGUCGGACUGGAGGCUGCCGCACAUGGGCAUGGGGCCCGCUGCCCCCAACGUGGCCUACGUUGCGGGUCAAGCCAAGGAGUCGGGGGUGGUCAACAGAAAUUCAAACGGCCCAACAGGAGGUCAGGAUAAGCUGGUGGAAAGCCAGGGCGCGGUGGGGUUGGCAGGCACGGAGAACUAGGUUGAUGUGCGGUUGGCGAAGGAUCCAA